GGAGUGACCAUGGUAGCCUUCAAGACAAAGCUGGAAAAAGCAUUUUGUAGUUAAUACAAGUUCACGGUGUUAUCUAAUCAAAGCAGAGCGUUCCACUGUUUGUGCUAAUUACGAGAUUUCGUACGGAUCCAAUUUCUGGGCAGUAUACAUUCGCAUGUCUUUGGAAAACGGCUCCAAACUGUACCAGCGUUUGGAGGAUGAGGAAGCGCACGCUCACCACUACAGCGAUGGGGACGACGACGGUUCCAGUGACGACAAGGAGGAUCACCGAAGCGAAGACGUUGGGAGCAAAUCGUUCGUCGACGAGCUAAGGAGUCGUGGUAGCACUAUUCUUCGUCAGUCCUCGAACCGCUACAAAGAUACACAGCAGCACCAGGAAGACGGAAGUGUACCGCACAUACCGGAGCACAUCAUCGGCACCGGAAGCGUUACGACCAGCAGGUCUCCAAAUACCAGCAUCUUAAGCGAAGAAGCUAUUCCCUUGUCGCGUACCAACUCCAUCACAUCUAGCCCUCAGCAUCAGUUAUCGACUUCUAGAUCACACUCCAGUGAAUUGGACUCCGACCUGGACUGGGAAGACGAAGACGAUGCUGUAAGACGGUACCAUUUCGAGUAUCGUCAGGAAGUGCCCCUCCCGGUAGAGUUUACUAGAACAAGCCUUCCCAAGCGUCUCUGGCAGAGCUUUAUGGAGCUACGAACGGCGGCUCGUCAACGCCGAGCGGCAAGACUUUUAACGAUGCCCUCGGAAACAUGCUGGAACAAGACUCACGUAUGCGUCGUGACUUGGUUGUGCGACGCAACAGACCGCGGAAUGAUGCUUGUAGCGAGCAUGCUAGCGCUCUGGAUCAUUGUGGGCAUGAUGACCCACGCAUCAGGUGUGUGGUGGUGGACAGGGGUUGUGUUGUUCGUCGUCCGAGUAUCGGCACGUCGAGUCUUGGAGCAGUUUCACGCAAACAAGCGGUUGCGGCGUCAGCGGCUGAGUACGCGAGAUGCGAUGGAGCUACCGGCGACGUCGUCGUCGUCGUCAACAUCCUUUCGUCGGCAAGACCUUGUCCCUCACGCCGGGGGUAAUCGCGGCAAUUCUUCGGCAUCGUCUUGGAGGAAGGAUGGCGAUAUCGAAGAGAACGAAAUUGAGAUUGUGUAG